AUGGCGGACCUAGUCGAUCAUUCCCCCCACCAUCCCACCAGAGCUGCCCGCUUGAACAGUGCCUCCAAUGUUAUUCUCAUUGAUAACUAUGAUUCAUUCACUUGGAACGUGUAUCAAUAUUUGGUACUAGAGGGUGCCACAGUCACUGUCUUUCGCAACGAUGAAGUCACAGUGGAGGACUUGGCUGCCAAGAACCCUACUCAACUAGUGAUCAGUCCUGGUCCUGGUCACCCCGAGACCGAUGCUGGUAUCAGUAAUGCUGCUAUUCAGUACUUCAAGGGAAAAAUUCCUAUCUUUGGUGUCUGUAUGGGACAGCAGUGUAUCAUUAAUUCUUUCGGCGGCAAGGUGGAUGUCACGGGUGAAAUUCUACACGGCAAGACCUCGGUCUUGAAGCAUGAUAGCAAAGGCGUCUACCAAGGACUGCCUGCUGCUUUCUCUAUCACUCGCUACCACUCGCUUGCAGGAACAAAUUCGACUGUCCCGGAUUCGUUGGAGGUAACAUCCUGGGCGGAGCUCGAGAAUGGCAGUGGAACUGUCAUUAUGGGAAUCCGCCACAAGGAGUUCACCAUUGAAGGAGUGCAAUUCCACCCGGAAAGUAUUUUGACUGAGUAUGGUCGUGCCAUGUUUGGAAAUUUCCUCAGACUUACCUCUGGAACUUGGACUGGUGCCAAGCAAGGUGCAACCUCUGCCGCCAAGUCGAUUCCUGUUGUGGACAAGAAGCUGUCAAUUUUAGACAAGAUUUAUGCUCAUCGCCGGAAUGCUGUUGCUGAGCAAAAGAAGAUCCCAGCAUUGCGCCCGGAAGCUCUUCAGGCUGCUUAUGAUCUGAACAUUGCCCCUCCACAGAUCUCAUUCCCUGAACGCCUGAGACAAUCCGACUACCCCCUGUCUCUGAUGGCAGAGAUCAAGCGUGCUUCCCCUUCAAAGGGUAUUAUUUCAGCAGACGUGUGCGCACCUGCUCAGGCUCGGGACUAUGCUAAGGCGGGUGCUAGUGUCAUUUCGGUGCUGACAGAACCGGAAUGGUUCAAAGGAACUAUUGAUGACCUGCGAGCUGUGCGACAGAGCUUUGAGGGACUUACCAACCGUCCUGCCAUUCUGAGAAAGGAAUUUGUCUUUGACGAGUAUCAGAUUCUGGAAGCCCGACUGGCUGGUGCUGAUACCAUCCUACUGAUUGUGAAGAUGCUCAGUGUAGAGCUUCUUACAAGACUGUACCAUUACUCCCGUAGUCUUGGAAUGGAGCCUCUGGUUGAAGUCAACACCCCAGAGGAGAUGAAGAUUGCUGUUGAUCUGGGUUCUGAGGUCAUUGGUGUUAACAACCGCGAUUUGACGAGUUUCGAAGUCGAUUUGGGCACUACAAGCCGUCUGAUGGACCAGGUCCCAGAAAGCACCAUUGUGUGUGCUCUCAGUGGGAUUACGGGGCCUAAAGAUGUUGAGGCGUAUAAGAAGGAGGGUGUUAAGGCAAUUCUUGUUGGAGAGGCUUUGAUGCGGGCACCAGACACCUCUGCCUUUGUGGCACAGCUUCUGGGAGGUCCUUCCGUACAGACACAAACUUCAGCUUCUCCCUUGGUUAAAAUCUGCGGCACUAGGUCUGCUGAGGCCGCCCAGGCUGCUAUUGAAGCUGGCGCUGAUUUAAUUGGAAUUAUCCAAGUCUCUGGGCGGUCAAGGACUGUUUCUGAUGACAUUGCUCUUCGCAUCUCGCAGGCGGUUAAGUCAACGCCACGACCCGCUGCCACAACAGACAAAACAGAGCUGUUUUCAUCAAAGACAAGUGCUAGUGAGUGGUUUGACAAUUCCACUGCAAUCCUGCGACACCCCGCUAGGGCACUUCUUGUGGGUGUGUUCAUGAACCAGCCUUUGUCCUAUGUCCUUGCUCAACAACAAAAGUUGGGGCUUGAUGUUGUGCAGCUACAUGGCUCUGAGCCAUUAGAAUGGGCUAGUCUGAUUCCUGUGCCUGUUAUUCGCAAAUUCGCCCCUGGAGAUAUUGGUAUUGCUCGCCGUGCGUACCAUACUCUUCCACUGCUUGAUUCUGGUGCCGGUGGCUCUGGCCAGCUUUUGGAAGAGACUGGUGUUCAGAAGGUCCUCAAUAGCGACGAUGGACUUCGGGUCAUUCUUGCCGGAGGGUUAACCGCAGAGAAUGUUGUCGAUGUUGUGAAGAAGCUUGGGAAAUCGGGAACUAAGGUGGUUGGAUUAGACACCAGCUCUGGAGUGGAAACCAAUGGUGCGCAGGAUUUGAACAAGAUUCGAGCUUUUGUUACAGCCGCCAAGAGCAUUCGACAAUGA